GCACUUUACAUGCUUCCCAUUCUUAUGCUUUCUGCUAUCGAAGACUUUCCCAAUUCCCUCUUCUUUGCAUAUUACAUCUCCAAGCAUCUUCAUCCCUAAUUCUUCUCCAAAAAUGCACGAUUUUUUCGCUUGAUUUCAUCGCCUAAGGAAAGAAAUUCAUCACAGACUUUGUCAUCGAAGGAAGUUCUCCAAAUUUGCUUGAUUUUAGAUUAGGAGAAGGAAGGCCUAUGAGUGUUCUAUUCUGAUCUUUGUGAUGCUAGGGUUCCUUGGAUCUUCUUCUCCAAUAGGGUGAAAUUCUAUGAAUUUUGUAGUAGGUCAAGUCCAGGGAAGAAUGUGAAUAUUUGAUUAACCUUGCUAAACCCCACAUGCAAAAGUCAACUGUGGUUGAUAGUGAAACUGGCAAGAGCAAAGAUAGCAAGCAAGCAUCUCAUCUCUCUGAGCAUCAUUUAGGUAUGUCCAUCCUUCAACUUUAUUAUUUUUAAUUGCUCAUAGGGUGCGAACAAGCUUGGGAACAUUUCUUCCUAGAGUACAUGAUAAAAUGGUCAGGGAGAUUGAGAAAAGGAUUGCAGAUUUCACCUUCAUACUUGUGGGUAAGAAGUUUAGCAAGAAUACCACUACUAUUUCUACUUCUGCAAUGCAUGUUUUCAUUUAAUACAAUAUUUUUCAAAGCUAAUAUUUUCUAUUAUAUUGAGAGCUAUUUAGAGGUAUCAACAUUUUGGUUCGUGUCAUCCAAUCUCAUAUUUGGUAUACCAAAAAUAAAACAAAGCCCUUUGUCUUUUCCUUCUAUUUUGAAUAGUGGAUACUAUAUUGUGUUCGGGAGUUUGACCAAAUUGUGAUAACAGUAUAUAACAUUAUCUUGAACUAAAAAUGUAGAUGCAACCAUUAUUGAAAAUUAUACUCCCCUGUUUCACAAGUAUUUUUCUUACCUAUGUGGCCCAAGUUAAAACAAGAACUUAAUUAUGGUUUAAAGCAAGUAUAUGAUUUUGUCCAUGUGAACUUUUAAUGGAUUGUUUUACGUGCCAAUAGAAAUGUGUUCGAUAAAUAGUUGGUGAGCAGGUUUCGUUGACAGUCCAUACAAUUUAUUCAUUUGUUUUUAUCAUUUUUUAUAUGUUUAGGGUCUUCAAAAAUUUGAGAGAGAUCAAAACCAUUUUUCAUCCUAUUUUAAUUGAAGGAUGUGUUAUAAAGUUAAACUUGGAGCUUGAUAUCUCCAAAUCUACCGAUAUUGUAAGUUUGGAAGCUCAUUUGAUAUCAAUCCUUUGCUACUGAAAUACGAUGUAAAAUGAUUAUUUUGAUUUAAGGUAUGAGGAUUUUUAGCUAACAUGUUUUAUAAAAACUGCAAAAUUUAAGAUUAGCUUGCAAGUUAUGAGAAAAUUACGAAUGAGUAUGCAACAAUAUGAAUUAAGAGCAUGUUUCUGCAAGGAUUAAAUGGGAUAAUCUAAGAAGAGUUUUGCUAUCAAAAUAUUAUUGUAACUUUGUUGUGGAAUGUGCACUCUUAUCCAAAAAAUAGGGAGCGGUUUUUGUUAUUUACUAAAAUAGUUAUUCCGUCUCAUGGAUGGGAUUUGGUGGUUCACAGCACAUCAAGGAGAAAUGUAUUUGGGAAAAAAGAGGUAUGUGUUUCUUAAUAUCUUUAUCUCUUCAACAUGGGAGGUCUGCACUUUAUCUAUUCAAAAUUCAUAAUAUUCAAUCUUUACAACGAUAAGUCUUUACGAGUUCAUAUCUUUCUUACACACUUGAACUAUGGGUUUUUGCUUCUUUUGUCAUAGGAAUAGGAAGAUUAUUGUAUUGCAAUUGGUUGUAGUGAUGACUCUCUUUACUUUUGGGACAUUUUGAAGUGUAAGAGAAAUUGUCAAAUAAGUUGUUCAGGUUGGUUCAUCUAAGGUUCUUCUAUUGAGUAAACUAAGCUAUAUCUAGGCAUUGUAUUUUUGUCCUUGCAUAUAAAAAAAUCUACUAUCAUAUAUUAGAAAGUCAAACCAACUUAGCUUACACAAAUUGCUAUAUUUGACUGCAUCAUUUAAUGAGGCUUUAUCAUUAAGCAUGUGCAAAUUAAAAUCUAUUUGUUGGUUUAUAUAUUUUUUUCUGCUCCUACAGGUUAGCAUGUCGGAGCAGUAUUUGCACGAUGGUGACAUUGAGGUAAGACCAUAGUCCUCCAUUAUUUUUGUUAAUGGGCAAGUGAAAGUAUUUUAGCCAUGGUUUUCUGAAUUUUAAUUAGGUGGUUUCAGUAUGUUUUCAACAUGAAGUUACAAGUAUAUAUGUUGUUUUGUUAAAGAGCUCUUUCCUCUGAUUUUGUUUUAAAGAGCUGCCUUUGUUUUUCUAUUUAUUCUGCUCAAAAGUUUUCCCCGUGGGUGGAAUACUCCAUUGCAUAUAUAGAGUUCAUGCAAGUUGACAAUUUCAGAAAGGUUUAUUUCUCAUAGUCCAGAUUUCUCUUGAGAUACAUGUUGCUAAUGGAUAAAAUGCUGGGAAUACAAGGGUUGGAAUUAAUAGUAUGUUUCUUUUAAUUUUUUUUAAAUAGAACACUUUAUUAAAAUGCGUUUAGAGUACACGUUCGAGGAGGACUAAACCAACGCCUCGAAAGUAAAACACUUGAGGGCAAAAAAAAACAAUAGCUACAUAGAAACUUGCCGCCGGGGGCCUGAUUGCGCUGUAAUUCCCAGCCCACCGUAAUCUUCAGAAACGCGGGCCAUCAUCCUCACCAUUCUUCCAUGAAGGGCGAAAGCUUGAAAGCCGUUGGUUUCAAGCUCUGUGUCUCGAAUCAUCCAGCCUUUUUGACAAAAUUUCCAACACCAGAGUUUGAUUGUGCCUCUGAUCUGUUCUUCAAUCUGCAUCAUCCGGAACGUUUCUUCUCCAAACUUAAUACCUGCGUAGUGUUUCCAGAGUGUCCAUGCUAUGAUGCCUGGAACCGCCAUCCUUAAAUUACCCCUUAGGGUAGAUGAAUUAGAGUGCAAGUUCCACUCGAUGAGGUGUUGCCGCAGAGUGAAAUUGUUGCGCAGAACCGGGCCAUCUAAGAGGUAAGACAUCUUUCUCCAGAUGGUUUGAAUACGAGGACAGUUUAGCAAGCAAUGAUCUAUGGAUUCUUCCCCAUUUGCGCAAAACAAACACCUGGAAGGGCUGGAGUAUGAGAAACGAUUCAGAUUCUCUGGAAAAGGGAGAACGUUAUUGUUCACCUUCCAAAGGAAAAGUUUUAUUUUUGGAAUCUGAAGCUUGUGCCAAUUAAAUUUAUUGCUCAGCUGAAUGGUUCCGUGGUUCCUGCAGAUAUUGAAGGCCGUCUUUAGAGAAAAUUUCUGGAGCUCCUGGAUUCCUUCUUCCAGCUGAAAGUUUUCUGAGGCCAAAGUGUGAAUUCUGCAAAUUCUCUUGCAAAGAGGAGAGUCUAAUUGAUUCCCUCUUUUGAAUAUCCUGUUGGCUCAUGAAUUUUCCACAGUAGAAUCUACUCUUGUUAAAGUUGUUCAACUGACCAGAUGCGUCAAGGUAAGCCUGGACUAUCUUCUUUUGAUUAACUGCUAUCAAGUGACGUUAUUAAUAUAGCAGUUAUAAUGUAAGGAAUUUUAAAUUUUUUUAAAAGAUUUGAGAGGUUUGAAGUGUUAU